CAAGACGUCUGCCUCGCUUACCUUUGAUGAUUUUUCGACAUCUUUUAGUGUGCAACACUCAUAUUCAUAUAUAUCUCCACACCAACGCAGCCAUUUCUCUCAUCUCUUCGCUUGCGGCCGUGGCCACUCUGCUGCCUGGUAGCUGCAAAGUGGUGAUUGCUGGCAUAUAACUCACAAGAACUCUCUGUUGCUAUAUAUUCUACCAGGUUUUAUGGUUUUGUGAGAUUGUCUUGGAACAUCAUGGUAUCUUCAGAAUCUUCUUGGAUCACAAGCUUUUCUUGUUCAAGUUCUGAUGUAAUAGUUUCGAAUGAUCAAUCUGUGUCACCCGUUUUGCAAUGGACAAGAUUCUUGUUUUUAUCCCCAUGUCCUCAAAGAGCUCUCUUGUCUUCUGUUGAUAUCUUGUUGUUGCUUGUUUUUCUUGUGUUCGCUGUCCAGAAACUCUUUUCUAGAAUUACUUCUAAUAAGAAUGUGAGUUCUGAGUUGAAUAGGCCUCUUGUUGCAAACACUAGGCCUGUGGUGAAAGCCACUUCAUGGUUUAUGAUAUCUGUAGCUGUGACACUUGUUUUAGCAGUUUGUUUUGGAGUUCUGUGUGUUGUGGCCUUUUGGAGAGAUACCCAGAAUUCUUGGGAUUUGAUAGAUGGGUAUUUCUGGUUAAUUCAAGCAAUAACUCAGGUGGUGAUUGCUGUUUUAGUUUUACAUGAGAAGAGAUUUCAGGCUGUUAGGCAUCCUUUAUCGCUUCGGGUUUAUUGGGUGGUUAACUUUGUUGUUGUGGCUUUGUUUGCUACUUCCGGGAUCAUUCGUCUGGCCUUUGUGGAGGAGAGUGUUCCUGAUUUGAGAUUGGAUGAUGUGGUUUCAAUUGUGAUUCUACCAUUAUCAGUUUUUCUUGUUGUUGUGUCAAUUAAAGGGUCAACGGGGAUCAUUGUGGAAUCUGGAUCAGUAGCGAGUGAAGAGCCUGAAUUGUAUGACUCCCUUUUGGACAAGUCCCAUGUCAGCCGAUUUGCUUCAGCUUCGUUCUUUUCAAAAGCGUUCUGGUUUUGGAUGAAUCCUUUGCUGAAAAGUGGUUACAAGUCGCCCUUACAGCUGGAUGACAUCCCAGCACUUUCACCAGCACACAGAGCUGAAAGAAUGUCCAGGAUAUUCGAAAUGAAUUGGCCUAAGCCUUCUGAGAAUUCAAAGCAUCCAGUACGCACCACGUUGCUUCGUUGUUUCUGGAAGGACCUUCUUUUUACUGCUGUGCUCGCCGUGGUGAGGCUGUGUGUCAUGUAUGUUGGUCCUAGUCUCAUUCAAAAAUUUGUGGACUACACAUCUGGAAAAAGAAGCUCUCCUUAUGAAGGAUACUACCUUGUGUUAACUUUACUCAUUGCCAAAUUUGUGGAAGUUAUAACUGGUCACCACUUCAACUUCUAUUCAAAGAAUGUUGGAAUGCUCAUUAGAUCUACACUUUUGACUUCUUUAUACAAGAAAGGUCUAAGACUAUCGUGCUCGGCUAGACAAGCUCAUGGGGUGGGACCAAUUGUGAAUUAUAUGGCUGUCGAUGCUCAACAGCUUUCUGAUAUGAUGCUGCAGCUGCAUGCUAUAUGGCUGAUGCCACUGCAAGUAUCUGUGGCGUUAGGUAUACUCUAUUUCCACCUUGGUUCAGCAGUGAUUGUAACUCUAGUUGGACUCGUUGCAGUUAUGGUGUUCGUGGUGUUUGGCACCAAGAGAAACAAUAGGUUUCAAUUUAAUAUAAUGAAGGAGCGUGAUUCAAGAAUGAAGUCCACAAAUGAGAUGCUUAAUUACAUGCGUGUAAUUAAGUUUCAAGCUUGGGAAGAACAUUUCAACAAGAGAAUUCAGUCAUUUCGUGAGUCAGAAUAUGGAUGGCUAGCGAAGUUCAUGUUCUCAAUCUCCGGCAAUAUAAUUGUGCUUUGGAGCACUCCACUGUUUAUAGCAACUCUGACAUUUGGCGCUGCACUUUUGAUGGGCGUUAAGCUUGAUGCAGGUGUAGUGUUUACAGCAACAGCACUCCUUAAAAUCUUACAGGAGCCAAUUAGGACAUUCCCACAGUCCAUGAUCUCUCUUUCACAAGCUAUGAUAUCUUUGGGGAGGCUGGAUAAGUAUAUGCUUAGUAAGGAAUUGGAGGAGGACUCAGUGGAGAGGCAAGAAGAUUGUGGAGGUCAGACUGCAGUGGAGGUGAAAGACGGGGUGUUCAGGUGGGACGAUGAAGCUGGCGAAGCAGUGGUGAAAGACUUGAAUUUUGAGAUUAAAAAGGGACAGCUUGCAGCAAUUGUCGGGACUGUCGGAUCAGGAAAGUCUUCUCUUCUGGCAGCAGUUCUCGGCGAAAUGUAUAAAGUGUCUGGGAAGGUUAGAGUUUGUGGCAGCACAGCUUAUGUAGCACAGACAUCGUGGAUUCAAAAUGAGACUAUUGAAGGGAACAUUUUGUUUGGUUUGCCUAUGAACAGAGAGAAAUACAAGCAAGUUAUCAAAGUAUGUUGCUUAGGAAAAGACCUGGAAAUGAUGGAAUAUGGAGAUCAGACAGAAAUAGGAGAGCGUGGGAUUAACCUCAGUGGCGGUCAGAAGCAGCGCAUCCAGCUAGCAAGAGCUGUAUACCAGAAUUCUGAUAUCUAUCUUCUUGAUGAUGUAUUUAGUGCUGUUGAUGCGCACACUGGCUCUGAAAUUUUCAAGGACUGUGUCAGGGGAGCCCUAAAAGACAAGACUGUUUUACUUGUUACACACCAAGUAGACUUUUUGCAUAAUGUUGAUCUUAUUUUAGUUAUGAGAGAAGGAAAGGUUGUGCAGUCAGGGAAGUAUGAUGAUUUACUUAAGUCUGGCUUAGAUUUUUCAGCUCUGGUAUCGGCCCAUGAAUCCUCUAUGGAACUUAUCGAUGCUGAGACAUCAAAACCAAGCAUUAGUUCUCCAAAACUGACAAAAUCUCCUCGAGGUUCAUUUGAACACAGGGAAGCAAAUGGGGGAGACAAAUCCUUAGAACGAUCUGAAUCUAAUAAGGGAACUUCAAAGCUCAUUAAAGAAGAAGAAAGAGAAACCGGAAAAGUAAGCUUAAAUGUUUACAAACUAUAUUGCACUGAGGCUUUUGGUUGGUGGGGUGUUGUGUCCGUUUUGUUAUCAUCUCUCUUGUGGCAAGCAACUCAAAUGUCAAGUGAUUACUGGUUGGCGUAUGAAACUUCAGAAGAUCGGGCCAGUUCAUUUCGUCCUUCGUUGUUCAUUGAAGUCUAUGGCAUUAUUGCCGUGGUUUCAUUGCUGGUUGUAAUAGUGCGAAUGUUUUUUGUUACCACAUUAGGGCUCAAGACUGCACAAAUCUUCUUCAAGCAAAUUCUUAACAGCCUCUUGCAUGCUCCUAUGUCAUUCUUUGAUACAACACCUUCAGGAAGAAUUUUAAGUCGGGCAUCAAAUGAUCAGACGAACAUCGAUGUAUUCAUUCCUUUCAUGAUGGGAAUCACCCUCUCCAUGUACAUUAGCCUGCUUGGAAUUAUCAUCAUCACUUGUCAGUAUGCUUGGCCAACUGUAUUCUUCCUUUUUCCUCUCGGUUGGCUUAAUUUCUGGUAUCGGGGAUACUUUCUCGCAACAUCCCGUGAAUUAACACGUCUUGAUUCCAUUACAAAAGCACCGGUCAUUCAUCAUUUCUCUGAAAGUAUCUCAGGAGUGAUGACCAUCCGUGGUUUUAGGAAGCAGCAGAUAUUUUUCUCAGAAAAUGUGAACAGAGUAAAUGCAAAUUUAACAAUGGAUUUUCACAAUAAUGGAUCCAAUGAAUGGCUUGGUUUCCGUUUGGAACUAUUAGGAAGCCUCAUUCUGUGUAUCUCCACAAUGUUCAUGAUUUUGUUGCCCAGCACCAUUAUAAAGCCAGAAAAUGUGGGCUUGUCUCUUUCGUAUGGACUAUCUCUAAACGGUAUAUUGUUCUGGGCCAUAUAUAUGAGUUGCUUUGUUGAAAACAAAAUGGUUUCUGUUGAGAGGGUUAGACAGUUCACAAAUAUACCAGCAGAAGCAGAAUGGAAAAAAAAGGAUUACCUUCCUUCUCCAAAUUGGCCCUUCCAUGGUGAUGUAGAGCUCAAAGAUGUUCAGGUAAGAUAUCGUCCAAACACCCCUCUAGUUCUGAAAGGCAUUACCCUUAACAUUGAAGGGGGUGAGAAGAUUGGCGUUGUUGGUCGAACAGGAGGCGGUAAAUCAACAUUGAUUCAAGUUUUCUUUAGGCUGGUGGAGCCCUCUGGAGGAAAAAUUAUCAUAGAUGGGAUUGACAUUUCCAGACUAGGACUUCAUGAUCUUAGGUCUCGUUUUGGAAUUAUUCCUCAAGAGCCCGUCCUUUUUGAAGGGACAGUGAGAAGCAACAUUGAUCCUAUUGGACAGCAUUCAGACGAAGAUAUAUGGAAGAGUCUUGAACGAUGCCAACUUAAAGACGUGGUCACUGCGAAACCAGGGAAACUUGAUUCAUUAGUUGUUGAUAAUGGCGAUAAUUGGAGUGUUGGACAAAGGCAGCUUCUUUGCUUGGGUCGUGUGAUGCUAAAACAUAGCCGUCUACUGUUUAUGGAUGAGGCGACUGCCUCUGUUGAUUCACAGACUGAUGCUGUAAUUCAAAGAAUCAUCCGGGAAGAUUUUAACGCAUGCACAAUCAUUAGCAUUGCUCACAGAAUACCAACAGUCAUGGAUUGUGAUAGGGUUAUGGUUAUGGAUGCAGGACUGGUUAAAGAAUUUGACAAACCAUCUCGCUUGCUUGAGAGGCGUUCACUUUUCGCAGCACUGGUUCAGGAGUAUGCAAACCGUUCAGUCGGAAUAUAAACUUAUACUCCACUAGCAAUGCAAAUUUUGCCAAGCUUGUCGGAGCUUACUUUUGCUUCUGUCAAUAUGCAGAAGCGAUAAUUAAGUAGCGGUUAACCUGUGGAAUGCAACCACUUCUUUAUGAAACUGCAUAUUAAUUUAUCAGCUCUGUAUCAUAGAAAAUAAUUUUUGUAAUUAGACAAAAUUAUUUACUAGCAGUAAUGAAUUUAGGCCAGUUUCUUGAAUAACAUUUCUCAGGAUUCUAUCA